AGUUAUUAAAGACGCAAAUAUCAAAUAGAAGUGUGCCUGCUUGGCAGUGCGACAUCAAACAGUCAAACGCUUGUCUAUUCCAUAACUCGUCAUUGUCGUAUUCAUGAUCAUGGAAGUAUUAGAUCCAAGUGUCUCAAGAGACGAUCAGCCAUUGUGUAUUAACGAUUCAUUACAAAAAAGCAUUACUCAGUCACAUCCAAGUGAAAUAUCUGAUAGCCAAUCAUGUAUAAAGUCAAGACAAAUUUUUGGUUUCCUAGGAUUUCUUGGAUUUGCUUUAGUUUAUGCAAUGAGAGUAAAUUUAUCUGUGGCAAUUGUAUCUAUGGUGAAUCAAUCAGCAAUUCCUCAUUCGGAUAAUGAAAGUGGUGUCGAUGCAUGCCCAAAAAUAAAUCCAGUGAAUACAACAUUUGUUCCAAGUGCAGGUGAAUUUGCUUGGGAUGAAAAGACACAGGGUAUUAUACUUGGUGCAUUUUUCUUAGGAUAUGUCAUAACUAAUGUACCAGGAGGUAGAGUAGCAGAAAAAAUAGGUGGAAAAUUAGUUUAUGGAUUAGGAGUAUUUUUAACUUCUCUUCUCACUGUCAUAAGCCCCUUUGCAGCUUAUUGGGGUUUGUACCCAUUUUUAGUUAUUCGCGUUGCUGAAGGAUUCACAGAGGGAGUUACUUUUCCAGCGAUGCAUAGUAUGUUGGCACAUUGGGUACCACCAUUAGAAAGAAGUAAAUUUGCUGCUUUAGUUUAUGCAGGAUCAAAUUUUGGUACUGUUAUUUCUUUACCAUUAAGUGGCUGGUUAUGUUCUUUAGAGUUAUGGGGUGGUUGGCCACUCUCAUUUUAUUUAUUUGGUAGUCUUGGACUAGUAUGGUAUAUAUUUUGGUUAAUAUAUGUGUUUGAUACACCUGCAGAACAUCCACGAAUUGAUCCUCAAGAAAAGCUAUACAUAGAAUCAUUAGUGGAAACAAAGAACGAUGAUUACAAUAAUUCUGUGCCUUGGCUAUCAAUAUUUAAAUCUCUUCCAAUGUGGGCAAUAGCUAUUACUCAAUGUGGUCAGUCAUGGGCUUUUUACACCCUUCUGACAGAAUUGCCUACUUACAUGGACAGAAUUCUACACUUUGAUGUACAACAAGAUGCAUUCCUAUCAGCAUUACCAUAUUUAACAGCCUGGGUAAUCGGUUUGAUAAUAUCAAGUUUUGCUGAUGCUUUACUAGCUAGAAACAUUAUUACUCCACUAACUUCGUUUAAAUUAUGGAAUACAAUAGCUUCUCUAGGACCUAGUCUAAGUUUCUUAGGCGCUAUUUGGGCUGGAUGUGAUCGACUUACUGUGAUGCUAAUGUUAUCUGGUUUAAGUUCACUUUAUGGUGCUGUGUAUGCUGGUAAUCAAAUGAAUCAUAUUGUUCUCGCACCACGAUUUGCUGGAACUUUGUAUGGAAUAACAAAUGCCGCUGCUAAUACCUGUGGAUUUUUAGCGCCUUAUAUUAUUGGACAAAUCGUUAAUGGACAUGAAACAUUGGCACGUUGGCAUGUGGUAUUUUUGUUAGCAGCAGUUAUCAAUAUGGGAGCAAAUUGUUUUUAUCUGCUAUUUGCAUCUGCUACUGAACAAUCGUGGAGCAGAAACCAUAGCUGAUGAUGAAUAUCAUAAAAAAAGAAUGAAACAAUUAAUGUGAUGAGUGAUAUCUCAUCGAAUCGUCUUGCUAUCAGCAUUUCCAAUCUACACGAAACGUCAUUUGAUAGUUUAAUUUACUUCUAAACUAUUGUUACAUUAAAUUUUAUUGUACUAUGAUAUAGAUUCAAAAGUUAUAAGUCUUUCGCUUUAGCGAAAAAUGGGUGCAAUCAUACGUUUGUAUGAAAAGUAUUUUUUGUUUGAUUGAAUAAUCAAAUAGUGAUGACUUAAACACGAUAUUUAGAUUUAAGGGGAAUUGACGCAAAUCCUGACAAUAUCAGUAUAAUAUAUACACGCUGGGUUAGCUCUCUUUUUUGUAUAAACCUUAAUACCUAUAAUUGUACAUUUAUUAUUUUCACUAUACCAUGAAUGGCCUUUCUUCCUUAUGAUACUCGUAAAUCUAUUCAU